UGUCUCCUCGGCGCGGGAGCGCGCGUCGCCGCGCAAGCCGGGGGUGAGCGCGCGACGCGGCCGUCGGGAGUUUGAGGGCGAACCGAAAUGUUUGGAACACCGGCGUUAGCUUAGCCGUUAGCCGCCGUCCGUAGAGGCCCGCUGCGGUGGCAGAGGACGGGGACAUUAAAGCGCUGUCAAGACACUAGGAGGAGGAGGGAGGGGGGGAAUUAAGUACUGUCUCGUCUGCUAAAACAUGUUUAAUAUAACCCUCCCACGAAUACCGUUUGACUUCUGUAAAGAGAAGCACACAGUCAACCUGAGGCAGGUAUCAGCGAGGUGUGCUGACAUUCUGAGUGCCUUCAUCCAUCCAUGCCCCCCCUCCUCCUAUAGGGAGACUGAAUCACUGCUCCCUCUGCAUCUUUGUAGAGAGAGUGUAAAGAUUCAGAAAUAUGAAGUGAAGGAGUUCAGAAAGUGUUUAUUAUAGCUGUGAUAUAAGUAGUCCCACACCAGACCUGUAGUUGUCUGGACUUGAGGGGAGCUGUGCAGGUAUGCAUGCAUGGGCUCAUGAGAGCCAGGAAAUGCCUAUAGAAGGAAAAGUGUUUGCCAGCUCUAUCAGUGUCUACAUGGAUUAACCAGAAAGCGGGUAUACAGUUCUUAAACGUGUUGAAAGCUGUCCCAUCCAAACACAGCAUAAGUCAUGUCGGUGUGCAGAAAAAAAAAAAAGCAUUCCCUUGGGUUACAAUUAAAACUCUUCAGCCUUAAAGGAGAAAUAUUAUAACCUUUAUGACGAGCUGAAACGGUUUCCUGAGAUCAUAUUGAAAGCCCUGUGAUAAACUUUGGUCAAAAUACCAUAGGUACAGUACAACAGCUCCUUUUUCAACCACAUUUACAACAUUCAUAGCAGCUAGUUUUAGGGGCUGGAGUGAACCACUUGUCCUGAGACCCCAGUGCUGGGUUAGCACAAAGUUUUGUAGCAAAAGUGACAACUACAGGACAUGAUGAUAGCUUGCCAGCUUCUACUCCAAAUUCCACACUCGUAAUUAUACAUGAAUGUAUUGCUUUACAUAAUUUCACCUGAUCUGGUGUCAAAGAUGUGAAUUCUAGCUAUGGAAACUAUAACCAACUCUAAAUACAGUAUGUUACUUUUUGCUGCAAAUUUGGACAUUUUAACUUGGGGGUCAAUGGAUAUUCACUCAGUUUUGAAGACAGCGCUCACUUUUCAGCUGAUGAACUAAAACUUUUAUCUCUGCAUUGGCAUCAGCCUGGACGUUUUAAUGUUGGCGCUCCCUUCAGAAGUAAAGCAGAUGCAGCAUUAUCAGAAUCUGGUUGGUGAUAAAGAUAGGAAAGCCGGAAUGUCUUCUGUAAUCUUGAUCGGCAAUGUCACAGUAACCUGCAAAUUUGAAUUGCUUUCUGAUUGAGACAUUUUCAGACCUAUGCAGCUUCAUACAAUCCGAUAAGGUUGUGUUGUGCUGGAGUUUUUGAGUUAGUAGUAUGUUGCAAGUAUGUUUGACCUACUUUUCUCUCCAGGCUGGUUGGUAUGAAAUCUAAGUCACAGAGAGAGCUUGAUUCACUUGCAUUGCUGCACUCUAUAUAUUUAAUGGCAUAAGAACCUGAGAUGAUCCCUCUCAUCUCUGCAGGCCGCGCCACCCUUCCUUGGUGCAUAAAGACACACAUGUACACACAAACACACAGUCACAUUCUCUCUUACUGUUGGAGCAAACUGUGCAAACACACCCUGCUCUCAGCCUAGUGUUUGUGUGUCUUUCUGUGCACACAUGUGUGCUCACUGCGGCUCGCCAAACUGUAAACAAGCAGUAUUGUCUAAUGCCUGUGUGUGACUCAGUGUGCCUUUUGUGGGUUUGUUUGAGUUUGUGUGUGCGCAUCUGUGUUUUAGUAUGAGGGAGAGGGAGCUUGAGUGAGACAGAGACAAAGAGAGCAUUUCUCUUUACCCUGGAGCUUGGCGAGGACCCAAAUGAAAGGCUUUGGAUAUGAUGGGGCAGCUCACUCUGGCCCUCAUCAGUCAGUCACACCAAAGUUGGUUGCAUACCUCUCACGGGGUGGGCUUCAGGCAGUUUGUUACCUCAUUAUUGGAUAGUAUGUUGUGGGGAUUGAUCUCUCUGCGUGUAUACAACUGCAUUAUGCACACACGCAACACUUUUAAGUGGUAAAGCGUUACUUGGAAAUGUAGGUCUGACAGUACUUGUCCACUUUUGUGCACUGCAGGCCUGUUUUCUCAUCUGACAUCUUAUGUCUUAACCGAAGGUUUGUGGAAAAUAAAAUGCAAUGUGGACUCACCAGUAGAGCAGAGCAGAAGACUAACACAGUUUACUUAUGUGAAGCAGAAGGAAUGCUGUUACUUUGUGAAUAAUGAAGUACUGCAUAUACAAAUACAGACAAGAAGAAAAUGGCUGGUAUCUUUGUCCACAGUGUCUGCAUAUAAUACCACUAUACCAAUCAGUAUUAUACUCAGUCUUUAUAUCCGCAGUAAAGUGAUCAUUGGUUUGUUGUAAUUUAAAAGGUGUAACAAUGAAGAUACAGGAUAUGGAGGUAUAUUACUGUUCAUUGAAGUGAAUUGAAACUUCCAAUAUGGCUUUUUGUUUAGGUCUCACACACACACUUUCCCACUUAGAAUAACAGAACAUGACCCAGAUAUCUAAAGACCCAAGACUUUAUAGCUCGCAGAAGACAGAAAAUAAAAAAAGCUUUUAGCAGGCCUACCCCUGGCAAUAGCAACUACUGCAAGGCUGAAGUUAUGUGCAGUAUAUGAUUAAUGUGAAGGAGUCUGUCCCUGGAAGUUUCAAGAAAACUGCCAAACUGCCUGCAAAAAGCUCUCUGUAGGACUGUGUGAAGAAAUGUUAUUGGCCCAUGUGAAUAGAGAAUGCCAAGGUAUAUAAUUCUUAUUCAGGAAUGCUUUUCUCUAGAAUAAAGGCAUUUCCUUCUAAAUGCUUUGGCUUAGCCGUAAUAACAUAGACUCCAUUAGAUUAAGUGUAUGUUUGGAAUCAGUUUGUGCCAAUGAAACACUAUAAGGCAUUUUAUUGUGUCUAUUAAUGGAAGAGUCUGACAUUCCUCACCCUUUUUUCCUUUUCUCUUUGAGCCUUUUGUCUUUUAGCACCGUCGUGUUACAUCACACCCCCUCCUCCACACAUUGCCUUCUGAAAUACUCCUUGCAUGGAAGAAAAGUACAAGAUAUUACAUCUAUUUGUUAUUGUUGUGAGUUUGUUUCAGCAUCACUGAGGUCUGGAGAUAGUCUUGUCUCACAUAAAAAAGCCCAGUGAUACAACGAAACCCAUUGGUGCUGUGCGUAGGCGCACCAUGGCCCAGACCCUCCAAAUGGCGAUCCCGAACUUUGGCAACAACGUUUUAGAGUGUCUAAAUGAGCAGCGGCUGCAGGGCCUCUACUGCGAUGUGUCCGUUGUGGUCAAGGGCCAUGCAUUCAAGGCUCAUCGAGCUGUUCUUGCUGCGAGCAGCUCUUAUUUCCGAGACCUCUUCAGCAGCAGCAACUGCAGCAGUGGUACAGGUGGUAGCGGUAAUGAGACGAACCCCACCGUAGUGGAGCUCCCGCCAGCUGUGCAGCCCCAGAGCUUCCAACAGAUUUUGGCUUUCUGCUACACGGGUCGUCUCAGCAUGACAGUGGGAGACCAGUUUCUUCUCAUGUACACUGCAGGCUUCCUGCAGAUUCAGCAAAUCAUGGAAAAGGGCACUGAAUUCUUCCUCAAGGUAUCCUCCCCCAGUUGUGACUCCCAGGGUCUUCACGCUGAGGAAGCCCCGCCCUCAGAGCCCCAGAGUCCUGUAACACAGACCAGCAACAGCGCAGGCCGACCUGCCUCCAGCCUGACACCGCUGCCUCUGGUAUCACGAGUGAAGUUGGAGCAGCACACUGGCCAGCCGGAAGCAGCGGCUCCUUAUUCCGUGGUUUGCACUCCCGUAGCCAAGCGGCUUUGGGAGGGUGGCAGCAGCCGAGAUGGGGGUGGGCCCGGUUCGGGAGGAGGAGGAGGGGCCAGAAAGGCAGCACGUUAUUCGCAGGAGGCACUGCGGGGCAGUGCGAUCCAGAGCCCCGGAGCCCUGGGAAUGGCCAUGGGCAUGGGUGUCACCACAACCAGCCUGGCAGGCAUGGUGGCCAGUGGUGGGAUCAGUGGGGGCACCAAUGGGAGCUCUGCAGCAGCGCCUGGUGUGUCAGAGGGUGCUAGCCCAGGAACCCUGAGUACCUACGCUAGUGACUCGCCCAUCAGCUACCAUGAUGAUGAAGAGGAAGAAGAAGGGACAGAUGAAAGUGCAGAGGAGCAAUAUAGGCAAAUCUGCAACAUGUAUACCAUGUACAGCAUGCUCAACAUGGGAGCAGCAGCAGCUGGCGAGCGUGUUGAAGCUCUGCCAGACCACACAGAGACACGGGGUCGGAUGCGAGGUCGAGAUCUCACAUGUCUUCCUGCUGAACUUGUCGCUCAGAUAGGCAACCGCUGUCACCCCAAACUGUACGAGGAAGGAGACCCUGCUGAGAAGCUGGAGUUAGUCUCAGGAACUUCUGUGUACAUAUCGCGGGCCCAGCUAAUGAACUGUCAUGUGAGCGCGGGGACCAGACACAAGGUGCUGCUGAGGAGGCUGCUGGCUGCCUUCUUUGACAGGAAUACUUUGGCCAAUAGCUGUGGAACAGGCAUUCGCUCGUCCACCAAUGACCCAAGCCGCAAGCCACUGGACAACAGAGUGCUCCAUGCGGUCAAAUUUUAUUGCCAGAACUUCGCCACCAGCUUCAAAGAGAGCGAGAUGAACGCCAUUGCAGCGGACAUGUGCACCAACGCUCGCCGAGUGGUACGCAAGAGCUGGAUACCGAAGCUAAAGCUGUUAAUGGCUGAGAGCGACGCCUACUCUGCUUUUCUACCUGACGGGGUCAAGACGGAGGACGACACACUGGGGGCCGACCCCGGCUUUGACCCCACCUCUCUGGAGGCCACCGGCGGCGCCAGCAUGGAAUCAGGUGGCUCUUCGGGUGAAUCUCUGCCGAGCGUCAGCGGCGACGGAGGAUCGCUGUUUUGAACGCUGAGCCCCCGACGAAGGGUGUAAUUUGGUGAUGCACAAACCAGUAUUUCCCAGUUGUGCUUGCCUCCUCACUUUUUGGCCCACACUGAUCUCUCACAUUUUGAUUGUCUGUACUACACUGCUAGGGGCUACGGCUGUUACCCUGAUAUAACCAGGACGUGAAAACUUACAACUUUUGCUUUAUGACUGUAAAAAGAAUCAUAAGAGUGUAAGAGGGGGUCUGGCCUCUGCCUCCCCUUGUCUUUUUAAGGUGUGUAAGCAUCCACUGUUGCAUUUUGAAUACAUUCCCUGAGGUGAAGGUGGUAAGGAGAGCUACCAGCGUACCCUGAGGAGGAAGGGAUGGCUGGGAUGGACAGGCUAGGGGUUGAGGUGAUGAGCAUAAAGAAUCUUGGUGUCGGUGGCAUUUCUCUCUAUGCAAGCCUGACAACCUGUGUUCCAGCUGCGGGAAAGGAACUAAAUUUAAAAUAGACUUUAAAAAGAAUUAACACUACUACUUCUUCCUCCUAUCGCAUCUUCCCCUCAUCACCCUACGAGUCUUCUUCAACCCACCUCACCGUUUUUGAUGGCAGAGAAUCACACUCGAGUGUUUCACUGUGCCGUGUCUUAUCAAAAUAUUCCCAUCUUUCUUUGUUUUUUACAUUUUUUCGCAUGUUACUCUGUUCAUGACCUGAAAAGUGAGAGGGGAAAAGCUUUCUACCAAGAUGAUUGUAAAGAAGAUUUGAGGGGCAACGAGCGAUUAAAGUUGGUCAUAUUUUUAGAAGACAAAUUAUAUUUAUACAAGUGCCCAUGCCUAGAAUGGCAUGAGCAAAGAGAGUGAGAGGGAUUGUUUUAAAAUCUCAAUAUUCAGCUUUUAUUGAAAGAGCUCUUGUUAAAUAAGGAAAAGUGCUAUUUUUGCAGGAGUAUAACAAAGCAGUCUUAUCAUAGUAGCCUCUGUCAUUUAUUUUUAUCUUUAUUUUCCAGUGAAAGGGAUGGAAUGAGCAGUUGAACUGCUAAAUUUGACGCAUUUCAUCUCCUUAGCUUAAAAGCAACAAUGAGACUGUAUCAGCUGGCUUGACUGUGUCUGUGAUAACUCUUUCUUGUUCGGAUGUGAAUCUGGAGGGUUUGCCUCUGAUAAAACAUCUAGCUCACAGUUUUGAUGACUACUUGUAGAAAUGUAAAGGUUAUAUUGAUCUGACAACUCAACUAGCUUUGUCUUUGUAUAGAAAUGAGUGAAAAGUCAUUAAUGAUCAUUGGAUAAAAGAAUGUGCCUUUUAAUUGAAAUAGUAAGCAGAAGCUAACUGGUGCAGUGAUGUCAUGAGGAGGCAGUAUUGCUUGAGGUAAAGUGAUUUUUGUGCUACUAUCCGUGCAUGCCAUGUAGUUCUUUGACCAAGAAGGCGAGUCUGUACCGUGCAGAUGUCUUUAAGUAUGUAGUGGAUUCAUCUAUCUAUUGCAUCUCUUUUAAUCUGGAAGUUCUGAAAAGGCUUUUAUUUUGGAGCUUGAAAUGAUUUUGCACCUUCCAUGAGCGGUAGAGUGGUGAUUACUGCACCUUAAUAAGAAGAACCAGUGGUUCAUGCACCUUUUUUGAGAAAUGUUGUGUAGCAAUCAAUCCCCCUUUAGAUGUAACAUGUAAUUAUUUUCCCCUCAUGCCUGUCUGUUUCUUCAUUAGAUGGACACAAACUCACACUGUAAAUAUCCAAGAAGACUGUUGAGUUGAAUCCCAAGUGUUCUUCCUUUCUGUCGCUGGAGAUGUCUGAAUAAGAAAUGUCAAUGACUGAUGUUUUUUUUUUUUUUUUAAGUCCUGUUGAGUGGAUGUUGAUCUGCUGAACGUGUGUCAGUACAGGGGAAUCACCGUUCCUGCUGCAGGUGGAUAAAAGUGGAAAUGGUUCCGGUUUGACUCGGAAUCUGAAAUGCUCUCCAUUACGACUGAACACUACUUGUGAAAAGACAUUUCUACUUUCCUGAAGACGGGUGGGAAGGAACUCCUGCUUCCUUUUCAAUGCGGUGUUGUCUGAAAGUGCUCUCUUUCUUGCAGAAGCAUUAUACAUUAUAACUCAAGCUAUUUUUAUUAUUUAAAACUACAGAAUGACUUUACUUAGGUGGUUUAGCUGGGAGAUGUGCGGACAGAACAAAAAUGCAGUACCUUUAUAAGUAUUCAGUAAGGCUAAUAACAUAGAAAAACCUCAGUUUUGCAUUUGUCUGUAGAUGCCACAUGGGCACUCCUCCCUUGUGUACCUCUCCAGUAUUUUUGAAGACUGUUCUGUGCUUCCUGUCCUUCAUGCAGCUGGUAUCGUGUUUCACUUCCACAAGUUUAGUCAUGCGUUUGAAAGCAGUGCUUCAGUCUGCUCAGCCUUACUUAGAUUUAUCUUUUAAGUUUUUGCAUCAUGUUUUGUUAAGUUCAAAGGAGUUUCACAUCACAGUGAACAUAAAGAAGCUUUUAAGGGGGAACAGCAGUGAGCUUGUAGAUCGAUUUCAUGUUUCAACCGCGACCCACUGAAUGACUCUUUACUAUAUAUUCUGGAUCAUAUGGGGCUGAAAUGUCAAGAGUGAGCCAUCGGUGAGGCUGUUAAUCACAACACAGCAGCUCAACCCAAAUACAGACAUCUCCACACUUCACCAACAAGCACUGGUGUUUUCUCCUUGUAGCUUUUACCGCCAGAAGACACUGGUUUAAGGCCCCAGUUGGCAUCUGAAGCAUGGCUACGAUACAUGUCAAAGGUUUAUCCGGCUCCCAGAAGUCCCUCGCUCACAGCCUAUUUGCACAGUGCUUUAUAUUUAAUAGGUGCGUGAGAGUGACUGUGCACACUUGAUAACUUUUUAUUUGAUUUUUUUAUCUGCACAUGUAAAGCGAAUUGUGUUUACACAUCAUGAAACGUAUAGACCUACACACUUGAAUGGUAAGCUGUGGCACGGCAUGAGCAGUCCUUUUGUCUUUAAAACGUGCAUAUAUAAAUAUGGUUCUAUACAUGUAUAGAUAAAUGCUGUAUAUUAUAUAUAGACUCAUACACAGAACAGAUUGUUUGUUGUGCACUCGCAGCAUGAGGUAUAUAUUUACCCAAAAAACACAGCUUCUUCACCACCUGUGCAGUAACCAGUCUGCCCAUGUCCUUGCCCCUGCUCUUUGGCCUCUGUAACCCCGCACCACCAGUAGACCUCCUGUUCGGCUCAUCCUCCUUCUUUCUCUGUUUCCAAGUGCCAAUGACUUUGUGAAAGCCCUGUAACUGUGACCCAACAUUAUCAAAAGUAAUUGCACAUUAACAACUGUAAAAUAAAGAAAUGCAAAUCAUAGAAAAUAUCAACAUGGAUUAAAUAAUGAAUACCUUAAUAAAAGAUUUGUAACAAUUUA